AGCAGCAAUUAUGCGACCGCAACUGCAAGAGAAGCCGCAGCUGUAACUUGUGGUACAAAUUCUUUUCCUCUGAUUGAGUACAACUAUUGCGAGAUGAAGCAGAUGAUCAACUACUCUGUACUCUCCCUGCUCAUCUGGAACUCAAUUUAGAACCUACAAGAACAACCGAAAACAAGGACGAUGGUCGUCACCACUCACCAGCAGGAGCAUUCGCUUGCUUCCGAGUCCCACGGAUGGUGGGGCGGGAGUGGUGGUAAAGAAGGUGGUGGCGCGGGCGCCGAUCAUGGUGGAGUACCACCAGACGGUGAAGAUGAAGAAGUUGCUGCAGAAGCACCGAGUGUUUGGUCGCGGGUCAGCGGGUGGCUCACUGCUGCUUCCGACUGGGUCCAAGCAGAGAUUGCAAACAGCGCACUACCCUCCGCGGACAGUAGAAACAAGUACCUCGAGCUAACGACGGAGAACCUGCGGAGCGAAGACUUACGCAUCGGACCGGUAGAGAUAAAUGGCGAACCAUUGACCAACAAUUUUUCGUGGACGCUGUCCGACACCUACGACACGAACGGAGUUUUAGCACUGGUGCCAAGUAAGGCCGUGGAGGAAAAUGGUAACCCGGCACUCGCUCAGAGUCAGAACCUGCUGACAGACAACACCAAGUACGAAUCCUUCUUGCGAAUCCUGCACGGCGACAUUGACGCGUGGCAGUUCAAGGGCCGGUACGCCGGCUGGGACGAGACGAAGCAGAAGUGGGACAAAGACAUGAGUGCGGAAGGCACGGAGAAGCUGAUCGUCAUGCGGGUGAAAGAGGAGAAAGAUGUAGAAAAGUGUAUUGACAACCUCAGGAGAAGUACUACUGCAACCGGUAGUGGAUCCAAAAGCUCCGAGAACUUGUGCGGCGCACCGUUCGUCAUGGAGUACGGGCGGGGGAAACCGCGAGACCAGUACCGUGUGUCGUUCUACCAAAAGCACCCGGAGAAAGAGUUGAUCUACCCCUUGGGGGAGAUCUACUUGAGUGAGUCCAGGACCGCGUUUCCUCAGUUUCUGUUAUUACAGUGAAAAGUGCCCCCCACCCCAAAGUUGCAAAAAUUUGUGAUGCGAAGUUUCCAAAUGAAAACUUUUUGUCAUGCAUGAAAGGAGUAUGACUCUUUCUGAUGCAGAUUCUAGUCGUGUUUCGCAUCGCUUACAUGACGAGCACCGCUCUUGCUGGGAUCUUUUGCAAUACAAAUCUUUGCUAUUCACGAUCGGAAAUCUGUGAUGCUGAUACAUGCAAGAGGGCGAGUGUUUCAUUUGGAAAGGUUUGCAAUACAAAUGCUUUCAAGUUCGGGGGUGGGGGCAUUUUUCAUUGUAAUAUCUGUUCAACAAAAUUUCUUUCCAAAACUCCAUUGAGACCGGCCUGCCGGGGGUGGUGAAGUUGCAGAAAGCGCUGGACGAAGCGGCGCCGGAGGUUGUGAAUCCCCCGGUUUCAUCUUCUUUCCGAGACAAAGCGAGUAAAGCAGCAAAGAAGGCAAAGGACGCUGCAGGGAAGGCAGCGGGCGCUCUUUCUUCUAUGACAUCUUCCAGAAGAUCUUCCAAGAAGAAAGAAAAGUCCAAGAGUAAAGCCUCUUUUGUAGAAGUGGGUGAAGAAGUACUAGCGCAGGAUCAGAACAUCAAGCAAGCAGUAGCGGAGAUCGAACCAAAUUCCUUCGUGGAGCUCGUUUCCCCUACAUCAACCGCCGGGACAAAAAUGGACGACUUUUUCGCGACGAGUGGUGGAGUUGCUCGUCCCGGAGUUGUUCUACCCGAGGCUGCGCAGGAAAAUAAUGCGGUGGAGCAACAGGACCCGGACGAGGGCAGCAGCACUAGCAGUGUAAAAAUGCCGGCGUCUUUUGCUGCAACGUCAGCGAGCAGCACUGCUUCAUCUUCCGCUCCACGGAAGACCAACCUACGACAGCGUGGGCAUAAGGCACGGCGGCUUAGCGCUACAAGGCCGACCACGAGCACCAUUUCCCCCUCCGAUUAUGCCGGAACGGCAAGUAGUGGCCUAUCCACAGCGGGCACUACGACUUCCGGCGAGCUGGUGAGCAGCUACCAGCAGCAAGAACAAUUGGACGACCUCCGCCAUUUUCUCCCUCUCCUGCUUUUCGUGCUGGUUCUCAUCGCAGUCUGGAUAUGGAAGCGUCAGGAUCGAAAUCGACAAAGUUGGAAAAUUUGUUAUGCAUAAAAUCGAUGCCAGUUGGACCCACAGAUUAUAAUCGGCGCAUGACAAAUUUUCUUUUCCUCUAAAGCAAGUGUGUCAUGCUGUUUAGGGCAAAAGCCCUCGUGUCUGUCAUGCUAAUGAGCAGCCCAGCUCUCGACCCUUACCAGCACUACAGUCCGCUUCCCUUGCGUCCUCUGCAAUAGAGGCGAUUCUUGCGUUGCAUUUUGUGCAUGACAAACUAUUUCAACUUUGACGAUUUCGAUCCUGACACCCGCAUACUGGAAGGUGUUUCUGGCGUACCGGAUUCGGAACGCGUCGGCGGCGGCGGCAGAGAGGGACCGACAACUACUGCAACGGGAAAGACCAACUAGCAAAGGAGAAGUUGCCGUGGGGACCAUGGGCAGUACUAGAGAAGGUUGUUUAGAGGAUUUUACGGCUGUUAAGGCUUCACCACUGUAGUAGAGCGCAGUUCAAAUACUAAGUUCUUGUGAGAGGACGGUGCAAUUUAUUAUGUUAUGAUGUAAAUUGAAUCACGUUUGUCGACGAAUGUAGAAACCCAUUGCCUGCACCUGUAACAAAUACAAACCAAAUACAAACCGUCUUGACACGACUUUAGCAACAAAGUAUACGAACGAAAUUUCAGACGUGUAGCAAAACUACGAACGAACACGGCAAGAGCAGUGCCAGUGUCCCG